AUGGGUACAGAGGAAACCCCAAGUGGAAAAUCCCGUAGAGAGCGCCGGAAAGAAGCUCGUCAGGCCAAGAACAAGCAAAAGUUUGAUUCUUGGGUCCAACAUCAUUCUAAGAAAGCCUCACUCAAUUUGAAAUUGAAGCCCUCAAUUGAAACAGUUCAGGAUACUGCAAGCAAGAACGGUAUUAGUAAAGUGAAGACCAUGAGAAGUAAUGGUUCCACCCAACAACCUAAUAGGUUUGAAAAAUCGAGAACUAAUAGGGGCCAAAAAAGAAAAUUUGGUUCAGAGGGAACACCAAAGACCAAUUUCUUCAAGUUGCUUGAAAUGGAAUUGGGGGGGAAAGUGCCAUCAGCGGAGGAGGAUCUGAGGCUCGAGAAGAGACUUGCGAAGAAACUCAAGUUGAAGAAAGGGAAGCUCAGUGCAGCCGAUGAUCUUAGUGUUUUGGUUGAAGGAACACCCUCUACUCUCGACAAUCUUGUAUCCAAGAAGAGUAUGAAGAUCAAUUCAGUAAAUGAGGAUAUAGAAGAAGAAAUUUCGGAUGAUGGAGAUGGUGAAGAGUUUGGUUUGUUAUUUAAUAGUAGUGGUGAUAAUGAUGAUGGCGGCAGCGAUGAUUAUGAUGAUGAUGAUAAUGAUGAUGAUGAUGAUGAUGAUGGCGGUGAAGUAGAUGAGGAUGAUGAAAGAGAUGAAGAAUCUGAUUCUCUAGCUGGUACUGAGGAUGAUGAUGAUAUUGUGGAUAGAAGCUCACCAAAGAAAUCAAACAAGGGAAAAAGAAAGAAAACAAAGUUUGAAGUGUAUCUCGGAAAUGAUGUUCAGGGUGGUGAAGGUUUGGGUGAAGCUGAUUUGGCGCUUGAAAGAAAACUCGCGAAGAAACUAAAAGUUAAGGGAGGGAAGGUGAAGGGAGAGGACGACGACCUCAACAUGUUGUUGGAAGGAAUUCCUUCGCAAGAGGACAAUAUGGAUGAGAAUAGAGUGAAUGGAGCUUUGGGAACUUCUUCUGAGUCGGGCAAGGGGAAAUAUGUGGCCCCUCAUCUUAGAUCACGUGGUGGGAAUGAAUCUGAAGAACAUGCUCAGUUACGUAAACGUGUGAGAGGACUUCUAAAUAGGCUUUCUGAAACCAAUGUCGAAUCCAUCACAGGACAAGUUUCUAGUCUGUAUAAUUCAGUUGGCCGCAGCUUGGGUUCUCAAAUUGUAAGUGAAGAAGUUGUUGCAUCAUGUUCCGGAGGUCCUCGUGGAAACGAACAGUAUGCUGCCAUUUUUGCGGCAUUUGUUUCUGGAAUGACCUGUUCUGUUGGAAUGGACUUUGGUGCCAAACUUCUUGCACGUGUCGCAAAAUGCUUUGAGGAGGAGUAUUUGAAAGAAGAUAAUCUAUCCUUGCGGAAUUUGACACUUCUAUUUUCGUACUUGUAUGUUUUUGGACUUUGCCCAAGUGAGUUGAUAUAUGAUUUCCUGAUAAUGCUUGGAAAGAGGUUAACAGAGGUUGACGUUUCUACAGUACUGACUGUUUUGCAAUGUUGUGGGAUGAAAUUGCGUGGGGAUGAUCCUGUUGGGAUGAAAAAUUUCAUUACGAGUGUUCAGAGCAGGGUUAAUGAAUUGAAGGCCUCUUCUGAAAACGGGCAGUCACAGCUGAUCAGCAAAAGAAUGGAAUUUAUGCUUGAAACGAUAUGUGAUAUUAAGAACAACAAAAAGAAAACAAAGGAAGACACUGUGCAGCACACUCGGAUAAAGAAAUGGCUACAGAAGUUAAGAGUAGAUGAGAUGCUACUCCGAGGGUUGACAUGGAGCAAACUUCUUGAUCCAAGUAAGAAAGGUCAGUGGUGGUCGUCUGGAGAUAAUUCCUCGACUGCUGAGAAUGUUGAAGAGGUUGCCGGCACAAUUGAUAAGGAGAUUCCCGAGACUAAGAAAAUGUUGCAGCUUGCCGCAUCUCAAAGAAUGAAUACGGACGCAAGAAGGGCAAUUUUUUGUAUAAUCAUGAGUGGAGAGGACUAUAUCGAUGCUUUUGAGAAACUUCUUAGGCUAGACUUGCCAGGAAAGCAGGAUCGAGAGAUCAUGCGAGUACUUGUGGAGUGCUGCCUACAAGAAAAAGUGUUUAACAAGUAUUAUUGUGUACUUGCUUCUAAAUUAUGCAGCCAUGACAAAAACCACAAGUUCACUUUGCAGUACUGCUUGUGGGACCAUUUCAAGGAAUUGGAAUCGAUGUCUUUGAUGAGAUCAAUGCACUUGUCGAAAUUCACAGCAGAAAUGAUUGCAUCUUUUAGUCUCUCACUAGCAGUUUUAAAGGCGGUCGAUUUGAAUGACCCAAUGCAUCUAACUUCUAAGAGGAUCAUGCAUUUCCGGAUGCUGUUCGAGGCCAUAUUCGAGUUUUCGGAUAAAAUCGUGUGGAACAUUUUCACCCGAAUUGCUGUGACACCCGAGUACGAACACCUCAGGAGUGGUCUCGAAUUUUUCAUCCGCAAUUAUGUAGUGAACGGUCAAAAGCCCCUGGCGAAUAAGUUCAAGACUGCCAAAAAGGCCCUUAACAAUAUUGAAGGUGUCUUGAUGUGA